UGUCGUCAUUGGAAGGGAAUGGGAAUAAAAGACUCUUAGGCGGAUAAAUUAUAGUAUCAUGUCUUUCUUCCCUCUCUCUUUCUCUCUUGGCAACAACUUACUCCAUCCAUAAUACAUCAGUGGCCUUCAUUUCUUCAAUUAACAUCUCAACAGCAGAAAGUAGCUGAAUUCACAACAAACAAGUGGAGCCAGAAUGCCUUCUAUUGAAAAAAAGUAUAAUGACUGGCGUACAGAGUAUGUGCGUGCCUGGGUGACAUGCGAAGUUGAACAAAAGAAUGCAAUUACUUGUUCUGAAGCCAUUGGAUAUGGAAUGCUAAUAUCUGUUCUAAUGCGCAAUCAGCAGGAUUUUGAUGGACUCUUGCGCUGGUUCCUUCACUUUAAAAACGCCAAUGGGCUUUGUGCAUGGCAGCAGAUUGAUGAUAAGCAUCACCGUACUUACAAAAACGCUCCAGAAGGAGGCGAAAACUCUGCGACCGAUGGCGACAUUGACAUUGCCACGUCAUUAUUCUACGCCGCUAAAGUUUGGGGUCGCUCUCCUUGUGGGCGCUAUGAUUAUCAUUGGGUCAAAGUGCCUGAGCCACCCAAGGUGUCUGCAUUUGGUUAUUCAGGCGGUGCCUCAGUUGGAGAGGAAAAUGCAUACGCAGAAGUAACACGGCCCUCAGACUUUAUUCUGUCAGGAUUCCUAACCUUCUAUAAUGAGGACCCCGAGCGUUCACCACAAUGGGCUAAAGUCAUGGAUGCUAUCAUCACAAAUGUACAACAUCAAUUAAGCCUGAAUCCUACUGGCCUGAUUGCAGACUUUUUAAAGCUUUCAACGAACGGAUACUAUGAGCCAGCAGCACAUAAAGUCCUGGAAAGUGACAAUGACAAAGACUUUAAUUGGAACUCGUGCCGUGUCCCGUGGCGAUUGUCAGUUUAUUAUUUGUUGACACACGAUCCUCGCAUUUGUCCCACAUUGAUGGCGCAAUCAUCAUUUUUUGGAUCACUCUCCGAAGUGUGCGCAGGAUACCAUUUGAAUGGUCAUAAGAUUCACGAUCGCAAUUACUGCGAUAUGUCUUUUACUGCUCCAGCAUCCCUCUGAUGUGGACGAUGCGCCAUCCUAACCAAACGCGGCUCCAGGAUCAGAUGGAAAACCUUGAGUCUGAUAGAUCAUAUUUUGGUGACUCUAUCCAGAUGCUGUGUCUCUUGCAGGCAAGAAACCCUACAGGAUUCUGAAAAGAAAGAAGACAAUAAAAUUAUUGAUAGUGAUAAAUAUAUAUAUUUGUAGUAGUCUGAUAUUUUGAAAGAGUUAAUAGAAUUGAAUUAAUUGAAUCAUAAAUGUACUCAAUAAUAUGGCCUG